GUCGACGCCGAGGACGCGAACGCGACGGACCCGAACAACGGGAACCGAUGCCUCCACGUCGCCGCGCAAAACGGACACUCGGAGCUCGUGAGACGCCUCCUCGACCUCGGCGCGGAUCCCUCCGCGGCGAACGCGCAGGGGCAGACGCCGAUGCACAUGACCGUCUCGUACGACAUCGCGGACUGUACGAAGCUGCUUUUACGCGCGGGCGCGGAUCCGGACGCG